AUGGCUACGGCUGGCGUGCACAAUUUGCCUCAGAUGAGGUCCAUAUGGCUGGAUGAGGACGAAGAGGCGGAAAAACUGUAUGGCUUACAGGCACAACAGUUUAUGGCACCUGAUGAUGAUGAAAAUUUAGCAAUUAUGAUGGUUAAUAGUGAUAAGCCAUUGUUGAGUAAUAAGCAGAAUAUUGAUUUACCACCAUUGGGGAAAAAGGAUGCCAGACAUCUGCCCACUGCGACAAUGGUUUCACAGAAGACGAAGACAAAGAAGAAGAAGAAGAAGAAGGGAAUCUUUGGUCUAUUCAGAGGUAAAGAACGUCAAGUGGUGAAGAGUCCAGGUCAAAUUUCUACACCUUUUGGGUUUCAACACAUUUCGCAUGCUGAUGUAAGAGCCGGUUUCGAGUCAGAUGAGGAAAAUGAGAAUGAGGCCAUAGAACCAGAGGAAGAAUUGCCAGCUAGGCCUUUGAGUAGGGCUUUCAUGACCCUUUCGAUUCCCGCGAAUGUUUCUCCAACUAAGGAACGCAAACGCAUUUCUUCUAGAAUGUCAAUCCAAGCUUCAAUAUCAACUUCGGCUUCGUCUAGGUACUCUAGAUCAGGCGACAGCGCCGGUCGUAUUGUCUCUAGUUCAACGAUGGCCACUUCAGUGUUGAGUGAAGCAAGCUCGCCAAGCCGCAUUGCACUUCUAUCCAGUAUGGAUAGGCUGUGCAUCAAGAACAAGCAAAAUAGAGUAUCUGAUGCCAGUGAAGCUUCGAUCAGUUUCCUUAAGAAUUAUGAUUUCCCAACACUAUUAGAGAACUCUGCCACAGAUGAACCACAGACACCUGCAAAAAACGCUUCAGAAAAAGGAUCUCCAGUAAGACUAACCAGAGUAAAUUCAGAACCCCAAUUAUUUGGUACCCCACAGAUGGAAAACAGAUGGUUUGGUGAUGAGACUCCCGCAUCAAGGAAAUCACUUGAUGACGUGCUUUUGUGCUAUCAUCAACCCAGCAUCACUAGUUCUCCAUUCCAAAAAUCUCCAAUCAAGUCAUCACAAUGA